AUGCAUCUGGAGUUUGUUGGAGAUCUGUCCACAUCAGCAUUCCUUAACGCAUUCAAGAUAUUCGUCAAUCGUAGAGGCUACUGUAAGAUUAUGACAUCGGAUAACGGUACGAAUUUUGUUGGUGCCGAAAGGGAGCUUCGAGUCGCGUUUCAACAGUGUAUGGCUGACACCAAACCACGUAAUUUUUUUACCGAUUCGAAUAUCGAGUGGCGUUUUAACCCUCCUUCAGCACCUCAUAUGGGCGGGUACUGGGAAGCCGGUAUCAAGCGCAUUAAGUACCACCUAAAACGCGUACUGGGUGAAAAUCUGCUAUCAUACGAAGAGUUCAACACGCUGUUGACAGAAGUGGAGGCCUGCGUCAACUCCCGCCCUCUCUGUGAUAACCCUACGGACGCUGGCGACAUAGAAGCUCUAACUCCCGGCCAUUUUAUUGUUGGAGAGCCACUGAAGUCAAUCCCAGAACCUGAGGGUCAAGGGUUCUGUGGAGAUCUUCGACAACGUUGGCAAGCAAUUUCGGCCAUGAGGCGACAUUUCUGGCGCCGAUGGGAAGACGAAUACCUCGUGAGUCUACAACGUCGCACUAAAUGGUUCUGUUCCUCACGUAACAUUGAAGAAGGUGAUGUAGUCGUUGUCUUCAGCGAGCCUACUCCUCCGACAAAGUGGUCGCUUGCGCGAGUUAAGAAAUGCCACCCUGGUAAUGAUGGGCACGUAAGAGUAGUCACUUUACAAACGCCGCAUGGAGAGUUGGUUCGUCCUAUAGCGAAACUCUGUCUCCUUCCUACGAAAGGCGAUAUAUUUCAUGAUGGAAAUUAG